AGAUACUUGAAUUUGUCCUUAGCUCCGUUAGGGCGAAAAUCACUGCAAAAUCUUAAUAUCCGUGGCGAAUUAAUGUAUUUGUUCUGAUGUGAGAGUUCAAAUCGUCUCUCGGAAAGUUUUGGCUACGCUGCUAUUCGUUGAAAAACUUGAACCUCCCGUUUCUUAUUGUGUUGCAACAGCCAGACUUCCUUGUAAAGCCUUGAGCUGGGCGCUGAGCUGGGACAUACGGAGCGGGGGCUAGUUUGCAGCCCGGAGCAGCUUUAGUGGACAAUGAGCUGGGGAACGGAGCUUUGGGACCAAUUUGACAAUUUGGAAAAGCACACACAAUGGGGCAUCGAGUUCCUGGAGAAGUAUUCAAAGUUUGUGAAGGAGCGGAUAGAGGUGGAACAGACGUACGCCAAACUCCUCAGGAACCUGGCGAGGAAGUACUCUCCCAAACGUGGCAAAGAGGAAGAGUCCAGGUUUUCAGUCUGCCUGUCGUUUAACACGGUCCUGAACGAGCUGAACAGCUACGGUAUGCAGCGGGAGGUCAUGGUCGAGGAGAUGAGCGAGAAGGUGCAAGGGGAGCUGCUGAAGUUCUCUCAGGAGCUGAGAUCGGAGAGGAAGCGCCACUUCCAAGACGUACGGAAGGCAACGCAGCACCUCGAGCAGUACCUGAAAAUUAUGGACAACAGCAAGAAGAGGUUUGAGCGGGAGUGGAAGGAAGCAGAGAAGUUACAGAUGAACUUGGAGAAACUGGAACAUGAUAGCAACACCACCAAGCUGGAUGUGGACAAGGCGAAGACUCAGCUCAACGCGCGCCUCCAUGUGGUGGAGGAGAGCAAGAAUGAGUAUGCCUCCCAGCUCCAGAACUUCAACCAAGAGCAGAGGAAGCACUUCACCGUGUCGCUCCCUCAGAUCUACAAGGGCCUGCAGGAUCUGGAUGAGAAGCGUUCGCUGACUAUUGGGGAGAGCUACAAAGCUCUGGCAGGAGUGGAACAACAGAUCUCCCCCAUUAUCUCCAAAUGCCUAGAAGGCAUGGUGGACGCCGGAAAUUCAGUGGACGUAAAGAAGGAUUCAGCCGUGGUGGUGGAAAUGUACAAGUCUGGCUUGGAGGCUCCAGGAGACUACCCGUUUGAAGACUUCACUCAGGGCACAACACGGCCCCGGGGAUGGACGGGCUCUGACUGCAGCCCAGCAGUCCCCAAGAUGGACGGUGUGACAUCAGAUGGCAAACAGAUAAUGGGCAAGACCAAGAACAAACUGUGGCUCUUCGGGAAGAAACCAAUGAAGAACUCGACAGAAGACUAUAACAACCUUCCUCCAGAGCAAAGACGUAGGAAGCUCCAGCAGAGGGUCUGCGAGCUAAAGAAGGAGCUUCAAAAAGAGCUGGACCAGAGGGAUGGUAUGAUCAAGAUGAAAGACUUGUAUGAGAAGAACCCGCAUCUCGGAGACAGUACAUUAAUACAGACAAGCAUGUCCGAGAAUUCAGCCACCAUCGAACGGCUGCAGACCGAGCUUGCCAGGAUAGAGAGCUUGCUGCUGGAGACGAAGGGGGGGCAGAGCAGUCCAGGGGGAACAAACCACAAUUCAGACGACUGCCACCCAGUAGGGAGUCCUGAAGACGCCAUGUAUGAGGACCUGGCAGGUGUCUCCCAGGAAUUUGAUGACGACGAGUUUGAAAACGACGAUGACGUCCCCAGUCAUUCGCUGUCCUAUGGCUGCGUCAAAGCUCUCUACCCUUUUGACGGGAAGGAUGAAGGUUCACUGGUCAUACAUGCAAAUGAGGUACUGAACAUCAUUGAGAAGGACAACGGUGAUGGCUGGACGCGUGUGCGCAACCAGAGAGGCAAGGCGGGCUAUGUGCCUACGUCAUACCUGGAGAGCACAGGUGCCUGAGUGAACUGGACGCCCAGACGCCUCACUUCCAGAGCAGUGUUGAUGGACAAUACAUGCCAUUUUGAGAAGUGUUAGGUGUAGGAUAAGACUCUUCUGCAUUGACAUUAUCUGUCAUUGGCAUCCUUCCAUCCCAUUUGAAAACUGGCAUUCCAUAAUAUUAUUAAUUCAACAAACAGCUCCAUAUGCCACGCUGUCAAAGGUCUCAGUAACACAGGGCUUUAUAACCUUCCACAUCUUGCCCUUCUCAGUCAAUAAUUACUGCUGUGAGCUUUGUGGAGCCACACAGGAGAGCAGGACAAUUCAGAAGCAGGAAGGAGAUGGAGAUGACUAUGGAAUGGCACAUCAAGGUCACCUGGGCAACUCUGCAAGCCUUACCUUUGCAAAUAACACAAUAUCAAUAUCCUUCUAUAAAUCGUGAUUUAAACCACACAGAUAAUUUGUCUCAUACUGAAUCCAUGGACUGAGUUGCUGCUGUACUUGGCAUGAGCUGGGAAUGCCAGGUGCCUCAUUACUUCACCGCCUUUACGUAACUGAUACUUAGAUAAGCUUCCAAGUUGUUCCCACUUUGGUAAUUAUUUAGGGCUGAAGGUACAAUACUGGUUAAUGGCCACCAGGGGGUAUCAUGCAGCCAUAUCAAUAGAUACUUUCAAAGUGGUGGGCUUCUCUUCAUUGUGGACUCAUUCAGCAGAGACGGCAAGCAUCUUGUGAAAUUUUCACAAAACACAUCUCUGGGUUUUGAGGACUGUAAUGAUGUCAUUCGGGCUUAUAUAAUAAUUUGGGCUGGCGUGUGGUGUGUCUGUAAUGCAGGAGUGUUGGCACUGAAAAGGACGACUUGGGCCAAGUUGUCGAUGUGUUUAAAGCCUAAAAUGUAAAUCAUAUACAGCUGGUGUCAAGACAUUUUAAAAAUCAGUCUCCAGAGUGUUUUAUAUGUAAAUUAUUUUAUGAUGGAAAGAGAUGUUGCCUUAAACAGCACUAUCCUUAUAGAUUUAACCAAACUAAAUGAAGCUUCUAUUUCUGUAAUAAAUUAAACUAGAAUCAAAAAACUAAAAUGAGAGUUUCUCAUUAAAAGCUGAUCACUGCAGGUGUUUUCCUUAUUACCAUUGCCUGUUUCUGUUUGCAUUUAAAGUACUAUUCACAACCUAUAAAUAAAGGAAUUAUUGGGGAAAACU